GUUUGAACAGUUCACAAAUAAAGGCAAAAAAAGAUUCUGGGGAAAACUUGGAUCAACUCUGAAGAUACUAACUUUCCAGUUUUCAGAGGUAAAACAAGCAGUUUUUGCGACUAGACGUGAUGUAUUUUUACUAGCUGGCAAGGAUGAAGAUGGAGGAAGGAAGGAAGAUCAAUUGAUUGGACUAUCUGAGGAGCCAUCUCUCCCCGAUGGGACUACCCCACCCGACUUGCACCAGCGGAAGAGACCUGCUACAGAUCCGCUUGGGCAGGUUCAAAGAAAAGAGCCUUUCCAGCUGUGACCACUCUACCACUGAAGAUUCAUCAAAAUGGGAAAGUGGAAUUUAUUGUAUUUACUACUUCUACACAUAACAAUCAUAAGCUCCUUCGACUCGACUGUAGGAAGUUGUUUCCAAGAGCAGCUGAGACUCCAGGCCCAAGUGAGACUUCUGGAACACAGUGUGAAGCAACAACAGGCAAGAAUUGUGAAUCUCUUAAUGGAGAGAGAGAUACAGAGCAGAGAUAAAGAAGGUGAAAACACUGUCAUCAACCUGGGAGAAGAAACAAAGUACAAAGAUUGUGCUGAGAUCUAUCUUGCUGGUCAUACACAAAGUGGAUUUUACAAGGUGAAACCUCUGAAGAGCCCCAGUGAAUUCUUUGCCUAUUGUGAUAUGGCAGAAGGAGGUGGGUGGACAGUCUUUCAGAGACGGUCAGAUGGGAGUCAAAAUUUUAAUAGAAAUUGGACUGAAUAUGAGCACGGUUUUGGAGAUUUUACUUCAGCAAAUGGUGAAUACUGGCUUGGGAAUAAAAACCUUCAUUAUCUGACUUCUCAGGGGAAUUAUACCUUGAGGAUCGAUUUGUCUGAUUUUAUGGAUGAACAGCGCUUUGCACAGUACGAAAAAUUUCAAGUUGCAGAUGAGCAGAAUUCUUACAAGAUGAAUUGUGGGCAAUAUUCUGGAACAGCUGGUGAUUCUCUCACUGGGGGAUUUCACCCUGAAGUUAAAUGGUGGGCAAAUCACCAAGGGAUGAAAUUCAGCACCAAAGACAGAGAUAAUGACAAUUAUGAAAAGAAUUGCGCUGAAGAAGAUCAAGCUGGCUGGUGGUUUAACAGAUGUCAUACCGCCAACCUGAAUGGCCUGUACUAUAAUGGACCCUAUUCAGCAAGAUCAGACAAUGGAAUUGUAUGGUACACAUGGCGUGGCUGGUGGUAUUCCUUGAAGUCUGUUGUCAUGAAAGUCAGGCCGUCAAACUUCAGUCCCAGUGUAGUUUAGCGUUAUGGACCAUGUUCUUCUUCUUAAUCAAAUCAGUCACACCUGCACUACGGCAUUCACUUAUUUCACUUACACAAAGAAACCAUUGAGUCAAGUACAAUCAUUGGUGAAUAUAUGGACACUUCGUAUACAGUAAGUUUUUUUGGCAGCAAUAGGGAUACAGCUUGCCACUAUCUUCUUCUCAGAAACUUCUUUUAACUUCUUGGUCUGAUUUACAGCCCUGGCAUUCCUUAUGUUCCUGCACUGGAGUUCUAAACAGCUUCAAUGGAGGAAAUAUCAAGAAAUGCCAGGGCUGUAAAUCAGAAGUUAGAAAGGGCUUCUGAGAGGAAGGAAACGCUAUUGAGAUUUUUUGAGAUCAACCAAGGUUGACCAAAUGCUGUCACCCCCUAACCAGAUUUCAUUUUUUAAUCUAAAAUUUUAUUUGAAUGAGUUCCAUUUCUGGUCAUUUUAUGGGCAUGCACUAUUUACCUUCCAGCAAAACCACAAUCCAAACUAGGAUACCUGUAUUCAUCCCAUUGAUUUUCACAAGCUUAGGUAUGCUUAAUGCUUUUACGUAUUUUUAUUGAUAAGAAAACAAAUGGCAUGGACAUGUAAACAACUUGAGCUCUUUAAUUCCACAGUCAUUAGCUUAAAAAAGAUAUUUCAAGUCCUAUUCUAUAAUAGCUACAUUACUAGAAGAUUGAAGACUUCAUUUGUAUUUAAGAGCAUUAAUUCCAACAUGAUUUUAACUUGACCCUCUUCACAAGCAGAAUGUCAGCAUUUCAUACUCCGUGGAUCACAUGCUCCAAUCGCCAACGUCCCAUCUCGAGACAUCACUCUGGCCACUCCUUCUCCAGAUGUAGGCUCGGCCUGGCCUUGACCGGCAGGAAGAAUGUUAUUAUGUCUAACGACCCCUUCUUCUAACUCCCCCCUCCUACUUUCCCACACAUUGGAAAGUGGCAGCACGGAAGCUUCCAACCUAGUAUGGCUUCCAAAGCUGACAAAGAAUACAAUCUAAAAUAUAUACUGGAUGAAGUUAAGUCUUUCAGAUAUUUUAAAUUGAUGACCUACAGAUCUGUAAAGAGAAAAUACCUCUUUUCAGAUUUUCUGAAUGUUUGUCCAUCUUUUCUGUUACAUAUUAUUAGAGCAGACCUUCAUGUGGGUCCUUCACAUCCACCAAGACAUAUAAAGAGAGACUGAACAGCCAAAUAAUACUAACAUUUAAUGUUGCUUUUAUUUUAUAGACAAAAUCACCCAACAUUCAAAGUGCCAGAGUGAAAGAAUGAUCUCUCCAGUUUAGUUAAAGACAUAUUUAGGUCCAUCUGUAUGAGAAUAGAGAUUCAACAGGCAUGUGAUACCCCGUUUAGAAGAAAUGUCUAAAAAUAUCUAUAAGACAUAGUUAAUAUCUAUUAAUCUGGUAGAGAUUAAAUAAAUUCUGUUAAAGCUUUAGGGAUCCAUAGUCCAAGCAUUGAACUGGAGAAUGUUUGGGACAAUGAAUCCUUUCAAGAAUGACUAUCUUCUCAGUCAUCCCAUCAUUAUUGUUUAAGAAAUGAAUUAAAGAAGGCCCCAACUUCGGUGUUGCUUAUUCACUUGGGCUCCCUUUUUAUAUAUACUGAAGCAUUAUAAAUAUUCUGAAAUGUGGAAAAUGAUUUUUUACAGAGCUAUGUAUGUUUUAGUUUUAUCGCACAUAGUUUGCUAUUCCCAUGCCACUACAAAUAGUUAGUCAUGCUGCACUUAUGUGGCUAGAAGACUGAGUAAGACUGAAUUUCAGAAGAAAUGAAGAGUAAAUACCCAGAGUGGAUAGAACUAAGUGGCUAAAUCUCACAUCUAAUUAGGAGAAUCCAAUGCAGUGCUAUUUGUUUCAGCCUGCAAUUUAUUUUUUGAUGUGACUUGUAAUCAUUGAAGAAGAGGACAUUGCAGUGAGGAUAUUUUCUACAUAAAGCUUGAUAAAGGAGCAUUGCUUUUCCAAUCUACAACAUCACAAAAACUGCUGCAAAUGAACUCAGAAUAAUAUGUACCUUCUAUUAUUUCAAUAUGGUAUACCUACUAAUUGACUGAUAAUCAUGACAUCAUUGGUGAUGAAUCACAAUUUAUUUGCUAUUCUUGUCCUUUUUAAAAACCAAAUUAUUACUUAGGAAUUAGUGAUAAUUAAAGAACGUGAAAAAAUACAGGCCACUUAGAAAAAGGACAGUGUAGUUCUAAUAAGUCAAAACCUAUUUUGGAUUAGUAUCCAAAAUUAUCAAAUUAUGUAUGAUUCUAGACCUAUUUAAAUUCAAAUAUGUCUUUUAAUAUUUUUAAAGCAUCACAGAAAACUUUUUAAAAAAAAUGCCAAAAUAGAAAUGAAAUGGAAACAUGUAGAAAAGCAGUAACUAUUUUUUAAAUUUCAUCUGUUUUUUGUUUCAUACCAUUGAAAUAAAGAUUAUUUUAGGUCCGUUCUAUUAUAUGA